AUGGCCAGAAAACCGAGCCCCCAGCCGCUGACGCUCACCGACCCAAAUACCGGCAACCCUGAAGUGAGAGACACCUUCUUCGAUGAUCAACGAUCACCGUUGAGCCCAAAGUCCCCGAAAUCGCCCAGAUCACCUUUCAGAUUCAGCUCCAAGAGAGGUCAGGUCGACGGCGACCCGCCGCUGAUGCAAGCGUCCGAUCUACACCUCCCGCGAACCACACUUCCACCCUCAACAACCGUCUCUCUCCCUUCAUUACAAUACGCCUCGGGCGCUUCAGAGGUAUACGACAGGCAGGAGCGUGAACGGGAACGCCCUGUUCGAAGCGGCUUCUUCUCUAAUUACAAGGCAUCGAAGAGUUCGAGUCGUUUGCAGAACUCUGACACCGCCAAACAGCUCGCUGAAGACAGCAUGUCUAGAGACACCAGUCGCCCCAGUCAGGUUUCAUCGCAGAAAUCUGCUAGAAAUGAGUCUAGUGCAGAUAGAUCAACUACAAGAAAACCAGUUGGUGGCCCCUCAAAAUCCGAACCCUCCCUCGAAUCGACCGCCGAUUCUCCGCCAUCCUCCAAUCCCAAUACCCUUCGGAAGAACAAGCCCAAGCCUUUUAGCCUUCUUUCUAGGACCAGAUCGAUACGAGAUGACCCCAGCCCGCGAGAGGAAUCACCCACAGAGAAGUUGCCGGAGUAUCCAGAGCGGACACAUGCGCACAGCAAUUCCAUCAAGACCGCCCCUCUGCGCUCGGACAAUGAUAGAUCGUUUAGGGAGAUGAUGGGUUCAAAUAUGCGGCAGCACUCGGAGGAUCGUCAUGUCAGUCGGAGGAAUGGCUCGCGGGGCAAGGAGCCCAAGGAGAGCAGCAGGCUGCAGCCAUCUCUGAUUAGGGAUACACGGGAAGGUAACCGAAGCCAAAAUUUCUCCUCUUCGUUCCGGGACGGCACUGGAUCUACGUUCCUCAACAACCUUAGAAGUUCUGCGACGAAGGGCGCCGGAGCCAUCAGCAAGGGUUUAUUUGGAAAAGGGGUCCGUACUGUGAGCACAGUGGAAAAGGAGCCCGUGGUAGACGAUGAGCAUUACGAGCUGAAGACUAUUAAUCUGCCAUUGGUGGAGCAGACACGAAUUACUAGGAUUUCAAAGAGAUUAGAAGAUUCGCGGGAUAAAACCGAAUUCUGGAUGCCAGCAUUCCCCUGGCGGGCUAUCGACUAUCUGAAUUAUAAGGGUAGUGAUGUUGAGGGGUUGUACAGAGUCCCUGGCAGUGGACCGCAGAUCAAGAAGUGGCAGAGGAGGUUUGAUGAAGGCAAGUUAGAACUCGACAUCGACCUCUUCGAGCAAGAAGAUCUCUACGAUAUCAACAUCAUCGGCUCCAUGCUGAAGGCUUGGCUCCGUGAACUGCCUGAUGAACUCUUCCCAAAGGCCUCCCAGGAUCGCAUCUCGCGGGAGUGUGCUGGUUCUGAGACUGUCCCUCAACUACUCGUCGAGGAGCUAUCAAAGCUCUCUCCGUUCAAAUAUUACCUCCUCUUCGCCAUUACAUGCCAUCUUUCCCUCCUCCUUGCUCACUCCGACAAAAACAAGAUGGACUUCAGAAAUCUGUGCAUUUGCUUUCAACCAUGCAUGAAAAUUGACGCAUUCUGUUUCAAGUUUUUGGUCUGCGAUUGGAGAGAUUGUUGGAAAGGCUGCAAGACAGAAACCUAUCACAUCGAACAGGAAUAUAUGCUAUUGGACGCUGGACCCCCGGGCAGCGCGGAAGGACGGAGCAGUACCGCAGUGGAGAGCCAUGAGGAACGUAAUGUUUCUAGCUCCGAUAGCAGCAAGCCUUCGAGUGUCAGCGUAGACAAGGAAGGCAAAUGGACGCUAGGAGGAAGUCAACCCAAGGGUCCGAACCAGAGUCAACGAAGCAUAAGCACUGUUAGCACCAACUUGACUGUUGUCCAGGAGCGCACGCCUCCAAGGAGAAGUACCGACAUGAGACCCUUGAGUCCGAUUAAACCAUUAAGCCCUAUUGGCCUUUGA